GGCUCCCUUGCUUCACAUCCUUGAACAGAAACAGCCAUUUUAACAUCAACAAUGACUUCUGUUCCUACUUAUACUCUCUUGUUUUCUUCGCUAGUCAUCUCCCUCUUCCUUUUCACCAAUCCAGCCUCAAGUGCUGAUCCUCAAACCCAAGAACUAAUUGAUAAGAUCUGUCGACAGAUGGAGGACUAUGGAUUCUGCAAUCAAACUUUCAGUGCCAACCUCAAAUCCCCAUUAACAGACCUUGUUGGGUUAACGCAGAUAACAAUCGAGAUAACUAUACAAAAUGCAUCCAAUGAUUUUGUGUACGCCAAGUCAAUCCUGGACAGAGCAACUGAUCCGCAUAUGAUAAAAGUGCUUACAGAAUGUGUAAAGGACUACCAAGCAAUUAGGGGGUCUUUCAUCAAGGCUAUGAGGUCAUUUAUGCUGCGAGAUUACAAAGGCAUGCUUAAUUAUGAGCUGCCUAAUUCAAAGUCAGUAGCUCUCUGCCAGGAGGGUUUCAGUUCUGCUAAGCCUGGCCCCAAUCCCUAUAUUGUUUUAAUUGAAAGAAACAGACAACUUCGAAUUCUCAUUGCCAUGUCUGUUGUCACUGGGCAUUAUCUUGUGUCAUGUAGUCAUUGUUUCUGGUGUUUCAGCUUGUCAUAUGCCUAUGACAUGUAAUGGAGCGAAUCCCUUUCUGGAAAUGAAAAUUAAGUUUUAGA